AUGCUCAAAGCUAUCCUCAAGAUCUCAAUCUUGGUAUUAUCUUUAGGGUUUCACGAUUCAAAGGUUUUGGCCAAAGAUCCGUUUCCCGAAACCUUCCCUGCUGAUUGUAGCAGCUUCACGUUACAAGAAAAUGAGGGACUUUGCGUAGGGUUCCCCCGAGGAGGACUGUGCGUGCUGGACACUUGCUCUUAUAAUUCUAAUCGAUAUGUUCCAAUGACUGGUUGUACCCACAACGGAGUGAAUGAUAAAAAGACAAGUGAACAAAAAUGCGCUUACUAUCAAAGCCGUGGUUCAACUUUCAGUUGUACUAAUCUUGGGGGUGCACAUUAUACAUGCCCUUAUGAUGCCAAUGCUGGUAAGAGGAUGCACUGUGGCAUUUGUAAAGCAAUUUAG